UUUACACUCCGGGGGCCCAUGGAGUUCAGCCUCCGGCCCCAAAGUUCUGCUGGACGGCCGUGGGGAAGGCUCCAGAACGUGGCCCAAAAUGCACCCGCAGGGACGCCCUCCCGGUGGCUUUGCCAACUCGGAAGAGCCGUGCCCUCGUCUCAGCCCACCAGCAGGCGUGGGUGGAGCCCGUGUCCCUUCCUCCGGUGUGAUGAGCCGCUUUGGCUCCCACCUCUGGAGUUAACGUCUAGCCAUCCGUUUCCAAAGAACAGGGCCGUCAUGUCAGGAGCCUUUUUAAGAACCGGGGUUUUCUGUGGAAACGCCUUGCCCCCCACGCCCAGUCAUCGGAACACGGGCCUGAAAGCAAAGUGGCCGGAACGUUCCGGUGGCAUCUCUCCCCGGAGCGGAGCGUGCUGGGAGUGGCGUGUGGUCGACAUCGUGGACAUGUGCGAGUCCAUCCUGGAGAGGAAGCGGCGUGACAGCGAGCGGUCUGCGUGCAGCCUCUUGGAGCUGAAUGACAUCGAAGCUGUCGAGGCUCUUGUUUGCAUGAGCUCCUGGGGUCAAAGGUCCCAGCCCGGCGACCCGUGGAAGAUCAGACCCCUCACGCCCGUGUCUGACUCUGGGGAUGUCACCACCCCCGCGCUGGUGGGCGGAGCCGCACCCGAGCUGCCGAAGGACUUCCCCGCCUUGUCGACGCUGUGCAUGACUCCUCCUCAGAGCCCCGACCUCACGGAGCCGCUGACGAGAACACCGGUUCCUUCCCAAGCACCUGAUGCCAAAGCAGCCGGCGCCCUGAGCCGGAGGGAGGAGCGGAGCCUGCAGGGUUUGAAGCCAGAGCUGCCGGAGCCGGCGUCUGGCGCCCCCUGCAGGGCUGUGGUGGCCAGUGCCACCCCCCACGCCCUGGGGAGUCCUGCUCCUGGCCACAUUCCUGCCACCCCGACUCCAGACCACAGGGGAGGAGCAGCACCGCUUCGGGGACGCGGGGGAGCUUUGCAGGACGCGCACCUCGGAGACCCUUCCCUCACCUUGAACUCGGGGCCGUGCCCGCCUCCCUCCAAGAAGCCUGGGGCCCCGGGCCCCCCCCACCAAGGCCAGCAGGCAGGUCAGCCAGUUGCAGUGCCACCCUACUCACCAAAGAACUACGAAAAUGACUUGCCAGGGAGCACCCCGCCUCUGACCUCGGUCCCCGCCCCCAGCCCUCCCGUCCUCUGCCACAUGAUCCCCGUGACUGGACAACGUGGCAUGUUGCCGGCGUUUUUGAAGGCCCCUCCCCCCGUGUCCGCCGGGACGGUCACACCCAUCCUGCCCCAGGCUGCUCCAGGGCCCCCACCUGUGCUCAUGGGCCCGCCGGUGCCUCAGGGCGCUGUGAUGCUGGUCCUGCCCCAGGGGGCGCUCCCCCAGCCCGCCUCCUGCUCCCCGGCGGGUGUCCUGGCUGCGGGGAGUACCAGGUUGCUGCCUCUUGCCCCGGCCCCGGUGUUCCUCGCCACCAGUCACAGCGGUGCCGCUCAGGUGGACUUCUCCCGAAGGAGGAACUACGUUUGCAACUUCCCGGGCUGCCGGAAGACCUACUUCAAAAGCUCCCACCUCAAGGCUCACCUCCGCACCCACACAGGGGAGAAGCCGUUCCGCUGCAGCUGGGACGGCUGCGACAAGAAGUUCGCGCGCUCGGACGAACUGUCCCGCCACCACCGCACGCACACCGGGGAGAAGAAGUUCGCGUGCCCCGCGUGCGACCGGCGCUUCAUGCGCAGCGACCACCUGACCAAGCACGCCCGGCGGCACGUGACCACCAAGAAGCCCCCUGGCUGGCAGGCAGAGGUUGGCAAACUGAGCAGAAUCGCCUCGGCCGAGAAACCCGGGAGCCCGCUGGUGAGCAGGCCGGCCUCGGCCUGAAGGGCCGGCGGGGAGCUGCCUGGGAACUUGAAGACGGACGGACUGGGGGUGUUCUCUCCCACAACCCCUGUCGUGCGGGCUGGGGACGAGCAGAGGCUGGUUCUGAGGAGCGUACGUUACCGGUUCUCUCUUUGGCUGAGACCCUGUUCCGUGUCUUUUGUAGUUUCAGAAGUUUUUUAAGGAAAUGGAAGAAAAUUUGACGAUCUCAAUCACCAGCAUUCAAACAUUUCGGCAAUAAAUUUUACAAAAUCUGGAUUUUUACAGCCUUUCUAUUCACGUUUUGUAGAAAUGAGACAGGGUAUGACUUUAUACUGUUUUUUAUGAAAAGGUUUAUAUUGUUAGUACUCCGAUCACCAGUUUCUAGAUCGAUGAUUUUGCAGUCUUUUCAAUGGUUCACGUUUUUAUAAGAACCCAUCUUUCAGUAACCUUGAAACGUUAUUCAGCCAGAAAAAAAAAAUCACAAGUCUGUAAUCAGGCCUUUUAGAGAGAAGGAUUGUUUAGAAUCGGAGCUGGUUGACAGGGUCCCUUAGAGAAGGGGGGUUCUCCAGGGACGCGCAGGCAGCCGUUCCUUUGCAGCUGUGGCCCAAGGAUCAAAAUGGUGGUUGCAUAGAACCAGUCGCCUGUGUCCACGGUGUGACUUGUGCAGGAUGUACCCAGAGGAUCACAGACAGACAGACAGACAGACACCCUGUGGUCAGGGGGCCUUGGCAGGAUCCAUCUGCUCUGCGGAGAGCACAGCAUUCGCAGUUCCGUUUGUACCUCAAACUCCGGGGAGGAAAAAAAAGAAAAAAAGGUAACGCAACUCAGCUGCCCGCCAGCCGUCCGGACUUACUGUGGCCUCGUCCGUGUACUCUGUGGGCAGAGCACCUCCUUCGAGCAGCAGGGAGUGGCCUCAGUGGUGGGAGGAGCUUCCCACCCGAGGACAGCUCUGUGCUGUGCACACCCAGGCGCAGGCUGCGUGCCCGGCCCAGCCCAGGGUCUGGCUCCUGGGCGAUGGAGAACGGGAGGAAAUGCACGUUACGCUGAGCGGCAGUGGUGCCACCCAGCUGCCCUUUCACUCGUGGUGUUUGAAGGGAACUGGUCACAGAAAACUCGGUGCAGUGGGGGUGUUUGCAAUCCGAUCGGAAGUAGACCGCGCGCACCGACGUUGAGGCUGUGGGCACAGGCCCUCGCCCCACGGCGCCUGCCCCUGGCGGCGCCGGGAAUCCAGACCGCAGAACGUGUGACGGCGCGGAGGGACGGUGUCUCUGGUCCAGUGCGCAGAGUUUGUCUUGGCCUCUGGGGGCCUGGCAUUUACCUCCAUUAAAGUGAUGGUGAGGUGAGAUGCUGAAUGAAUAGAAUGAGGUCCGUGCCAGAGAGCAGCCGUCAGAUGCAGACAGCACGGGUCCCUUCUCCCACUCAGACCUUUCCAUCAGCAUCAACGCCUCCAUGUGCACGUCCGAGGUGGCAUUACCUUUGGGCAUUUUCCUCCAUUAUACAGAACAGCGUUCGUCCCGCCAGGGUGGUGGUGGGUCCCACAAGGGGGGUGUUGGCUCGCGCGUCACGGAGUUCCGUCCUCUGAGCAGCGUCGUCUAAGGGGACGUGCUGCCCGUGGUUUUGAUGUGCACGGCCCUUCCCGAUCAGAUGUAGAAGUGCCUCCGGGAAACGCCUUCUGUCUGUCCCCGACGGGCGCUAAGUUGGGAAACAGUUUCGUCUGAAGUUCUGUCCCGAGAGCCACCCUCGGCUGGUUCCGCGUGGAGCCCCGCGGAGCCUCCCCGCCCCCUCCCCCGUGCGGCCGGCCCCCCAGUGCACUUUACUUCCUGAGCAGUUCCGCUUGAUCUUGGUUGACUUGGAGCCUUUUAAGUGGUUUCAGUAAUAAAAUUCGAAAUGUCUUGGAAUUAUGUUUCCUGUAUCACCAGACUUUGACUUGUUAUUUAAAUGAAUAUGUGUGAUGUAACUUUUUUCUUUGAAUCGUAUAAAACUUCUUUGAUUUGCAAACUGGA